UAGAUUUCCUUGUGGCGGAGAAAUCUGAUGUGUAUGCAACAUGAAUCGGGCGAUCGCGGAGAACAGAUUCAUUUUAGCACGUUAAAACAUUUAUUUCGGUAAAUGUUAAAACAUAUAUAUUCGCCAUGUACUAAAGGAAAACAAAUUAGAUCGUGUUAUUCUCCCGAGCUCCAGGAAGUAGUGUUUUGGAUCAGACUUGCCAAAAUCGUUACCUUGUUUCUCUUUUGCUUUAUAGGGCGGUUUGUGUUACCUAAAAGUAGUCACGUCUUUAUAGAGUUACGCAUCCCAGAAAGGAUCGGGAGUGAAGUCGGGAGAAGCGAGGCCCGAUCUCUUAACCCUUGGAGUUAUCUUGAGUCUCGCUGGAUGGAUGGAUGGGUAUGGGGACAGCAGGAUCUUACUACCCCGGGUCUGAGAGCCUCAUCUCUCCAGUACUAUAUCUACUGGUGCUGUCCACCCUCUCUUCUCUCUCACACAUAGGUGAGAGCCAGGUGCAAACUCCACAGUGCCGAAUUCAGAAGUGCACAACUGACUUUGUCUCGCUCACUUCCCAUCUCAACCCUUCGCUGGAUGGCUUUGAUACUGAAUUCUGCAAGGCGCUGCGAGCCUACUCUGCCUGCACCCAGCGUACCUCCAAAAGCUGCAGGGGCAACCUGGUCUUCCACUCUGCUGUGCUGGGCAUCAGUGAUCUCAUGAGCCAGAGGAACUGCUCUAAGGAUGGGCCCACAUCAUCAACCCAUCCUGUCAUCCCUAUUGAACCAUGCAACUACCACAGCCGUCACCACAACCAAGCGUUGCUGCCUGGGAUGGGGACUGGGGUUCUAGAACACCCACAGCCAACCUACCUGUUCUGUGGUCUGUUUGGGGACCCCCAUCUUAGGACUUUCAAAGACCAUUUCCAGACCUGUAAGGUUGAAGGGGCAUGGCCUCUCAUUGAUAACAAUUACCUGUCAGUACAGGUCACAAAUAUUCCGGUGGUGCAUGGAUCCAGUGCCACAGCAACUAAUAAGAUCACAAUCAUCUUCAAACCAUACCAAGAAUGCACGGACCAGAAGGUCUACCAGGCUGUUACAGACGACCUGCCAGCUGCCUUCGUGGACGGCACCAUAAGUGGGGGCGAUAGCGAGACCCGUAGCAUCUGGAUCCUGGAGAAGACACCUGGCAGGCAUGUAGAGAUCUACGGCGUGUACAUAGGGGUCACCAUCAUUGUACGUCAGCAGGGCCGUUAUCUGACGCUAGCUGUGCACAUGCCAGAGGAGCUUGCCAUGGCCUUUGAUGAGACACAGGACCUGCAGCUAUGCAUGAAUGGUUGCCCUACAUCAGAGCGCAUCGACCAAGAGGGACAACUUCAGCUGCCCAUGCUGGGUCUCCAGCAGGCUGGCUUUCAGCCGCAAGCCAGGGUCGAAGCCCCGAGAGGUGUCUUCACCCUUGAAAGCGCCUCAAGGAAGUGCAGGGAACAGCUGGAGGUUAAAGACAUCUAUUUCCAUUCAUGUGUGUUUGACCUGCUCACCACAGGGGAUGCAAAUUUCACCACUGCUGCCUACAAUGCCCUCAAAGACAUGGAAACAUUGCACCCCAAGAGGGAGAGCUGGCGUAUUUUUCCCAGCUCAGCUGCUGGGCUGAGGCCAUUUCCAUUGCUCCUACAUGUACUGCUAAUAGGCUUUCUCAUCACUGUGCUUUUAUAAUGUGUGCUGUGUUUUGAUGACUGUUAAAAACAUUACUUAAGGAGCUGAAGACAAGACUGUACAAAAUCGUAAGGGUACUCUGUAUAUACUGUCUGUACAGAGAUGUUAGAAUACAAACCUUCGUUAGACUGUACAUUUUGUGUAAAUUAUGUUUUCAAGAGAGCUGAAUAUUGUGGAUUUUUCAUGUUUUUGUCCUCAGGAGAGGAAAUCUUAAUGGAAGCACUUUAUUUAUAUUUUAUUUUUUUGCAACUAGAAAACAGUGUUCCAUGGAACCAGUGCUUAAUGAUCUUCGUUAGCGAAUCUUCUUGGCACAUCCGAUGAUUUUUCUUGAUUCAUUUCUCUAGGUCCCUUUACAAAUGGUACUUAUCUCACCAACUUACUCUGUAGAACUGUGUUAAACGUUUUUAUGAUGUGGCUGGCAUGAUGAUUGUGUAAUAGAGGUUCAAAGAAGGAUCAUAUUGAUUAGACAUUCACUUUAUCUGUUUGUGCAUUAUAAUUCUUAGUUCUAGUACUCAGUGCUGUUGAGAAGAGUUUAUCAGCAAAAACAAAGUGAAGAAUUCAGGCAAACACAGCAGACGUAGGAUGACGUGCACUUAAAAUUGAAAAGUUAACCUUUUGGAUUUGUUCUAGCCAUUGCCAAGCCCAGCACUACAUUUUAUAAAUGACAAUCAGAACUUUUGUUUGGUACAAAAUCUACCUAAUGUAUGAAUGGCAAUCCUUUAGAGUGCGUUUUAGAGACAAUUUUUAUGACUCGUAUUAAAAGUUUCAGCCCUUUCCGAUUAAUUUCAUAGUAAGUGGCUCUAACCGAAUGAACUGGAAAAUGGAUAUUGCAUAAGUGCUAAAGUGGGCUAUGAUUCAUUUCCUAGUCGCUCUAACGGACUUGCGGCAUCCUUUAGAAUGGUUCCUCAUAAGAUUAUUAAUUACCUUUGUCCCUUUACCAAACAAAUAUUGACUAUAUGUUAAAAGUGUUAAGUUCCCUCGCAUCCUUGUAUUAUCCUUGGCCAAAGAUAUGAGGCAUUGCUGGCAGAAAUGCACCACACAUAUCAAAUUGAAUUGCAAGUCAGUGACAUAAUUUAUCUCACUUGACUGGUGUUAGCCUAUUUGCAGUGGAUUCAGCAGAAAUGAUAAGUGUUAAAUUGAACAUUUUUGUAUAUCUUAUUAGACCUCCUCAAAGAGCAUCUUUUAUGUUAUUUUGUCACACAGAAGAGCAACUUGAGCCACAGUUCCUUUGUUAAAAUUAUGCUGAAUACACAUCACCUUUGAUUUUAUUUAGAGAAGUUCAAUGCAAAUGAAGGAAAUGCAGAAACUCUUUAAGUCUCAAUUUGCUUUGAGUGUAGUAUUUGGUCUGAUGUACAUUAAUAACAUUGAUUAUUCAUUUGGUCAAAUUUAAUCAUAUACUUUCUGGGCAAUUACUCUAACUGCCAUACUGACCAACUACUUUGGAUACCCAUGCCAACACUUCUAAUAUGCAUGUUCCUUUACAAGACUUGCUACUGUAGAGAUGUCAUUGUUUUUUUUUAUUUGCAACUACUGCCAGUGCUGAAGAGCUGCUACAAUACUGUGACAAGUGUAAUAGAUUGUAUUUGGAACACUGGGAGUUUCACAGGCAGUGACUGACCGGAUCCUUGUCAGGAUUAUUUGAUUGGCGCAAUGGCCUGAAUCCAUGUACAGUGGAAAUUAUUAUUAUUAUUUUUUGUUUUUUAGAUUUCAGAACAAAGCGUCAGAGUGCAAUUAACUGCAAAGGAAAGACUUCAUCCUGGGUUUUUGCUUUUCACAUUUUAUCUUGUGAUCUCUUUUGUUUGUUGUGAACAUUUUUUACAUUUUUUUGGUGGAGAGUGACUGCUCAAUGUUUAUACUUAAAUUAUUUAUGAAAUAUAGUGUCUUGUUAGAGAAGUCAAGCUCCAUACUCUUGCUGUUGAAAAAAGUUUGAGAUGUGAUUGUACUACCACCUAGUGGGUCACCAUUGUUACAUCAGUGUUUUAGUAUAGUACGGAUGCUAUUUAAAAAAAAAAAAAAAUGAAGAAAAACAAUUGUGUUAUUUAAAACAAUAAAUGAAAAU